AUGGCGAUCUCUGAUACCCUCAUGGUAUACGGAAAUAUUGUCAAUGCCCUCCAACCCUCCAACCCGUCAGAGCAAUGGAAGGUUUCACUUCAGGAGGUCAAACUUCUCUAUUUUCGGCGUCAAUACAAGCAAUGUGCUGCCAAAUCUACAAAAUUGCUCCGCGAAGUGGACCAGCUUCAAGCGAUCCACAAAGCAUUCCUUCAUUAUUACUGUGCCAUUUCAUACGAAGCCCUGGGACGGGGAGCACACAAUUACUCAAGCAACAAACUCCCGCUCCUCAAUCUCGCCAGAGAUAAUUUCAUGGCCUGCAAAUCCUCUCUCGUAGCAGCCCUUCCAGGCUCCGAUGAGAAGAAGAAACAACCUCAACUACCCCAACCACCGCCACCACGAAUAUCCAGCCAACGAAGACGCGAACACGCGUCAACGAACGACAAGCGGAAAACAUAUCCAGCAACGUCACCUAUACAACUUCGUCGUGACACGCCCAUCCUGAUUGAAAAUGAAACCAACAUUGUAGCUCCCUUGCUGGAGCCAACUGAGCAGAAAACCGCCAGUCAGCAUACCAGUGUCCCAUCCGAUAACACAGCGACGCAUGCUGUGUCUCGGCACAGGAGAGACCUCAUGCCUUCACCCCUUCGGAUCCACAAAAUCUGCAACAGUGAAAUCUGCAACAGUGGUUUCCUCCAUAACCAACUAAUCGAAUACAACCCACCUUCUUUACCCCCACCUACACGCCCACUACCCGAAUUACCGCCGGAAGCCCAUUACCGGACCCACUCCAGGGACCCCAUAUCUCUGGCCCCGCACCACCCAGAUGCAGAAUCAAUUGUGUCGCUCUAUGCCCCCCUCGAGCCUCAAUUCUACAGACACUCAAUUGAUUCUUCCGCCACAUCCGCCAGUAAUACCGGCGCUGCACAUAGAAGCAGAAUCAACUCAACCCGUAGCCACUGCCAACAGCAGCAGCAAUGGAACAUCAAUCGCAUUUUCCCGCUCCCCGCCGACUCCCAACUCAUCCCACUCAUAACCUCCCUUUGUACUCAACUAGAUGCAAAUGUAAAAUCCACCGGGGCCCUGAUAUCCAAAACCCUCGACCUCCAGCGCGUCCACAAUGCCAAGAAAAGUAACCGCUUCGCCUCCUUCUGGAGCUUCACCCCUACAUACGACGAUCCAAAUGACACCUCCACAAAUACCAGUGAACCCCAUCCCCAUAAUCACCAAUUCCAUGACUACACCCGCAACAACAGCACCACCCAACCCAGAACCAGCCACCCCUCCACCCCCUCCUCCACGCCUCCCCCCUUACCUAUCCCCGGCCCAACCCCAACUGACACAAUCCACACCACCACCACCACCACCAUCCCAUCUUCAUCCCUGUCACCCUCCGAUGAGACACGCGAGCAGCGCAUUGCUCGCCUAAGAACUGAUGGGUGGAUGACAGUUGGCCUGCGAUCAACGAAAUGCGCCUGGAAAGGAACGGCGUAUUAUGAGCGCUUGUGCAAUGAGGCACUGGCGGAGCUCUAUGGGAAUGGGAGGGCGGGAUGA